AUGUUUCAUAUUCGUGCAUGCUUGCUGUUUACUAUCGUCGUCGCAGUAGAAUCAGUAGACUCUUCCUCAGCGUUCCGAAUCGGCAGUCAAGGCCGCGUCAUGUGGCAGGAUGAUUGCGACCUAUAUGGCAACGACAUUAAAUCGAUCCGCGGCAUCCCUGACAUCUGCGGUGAUCAGUGUGUUGGCAACUCAGAGUGUACUCACUGGUCUUGGACGCACUUUGAUGGUGGCACCUGUUGGCUAAAAAGUGGCAAGUCAGCCACCGUUUCAAUGUUGAGGGGCUCGAACUGUGGCUACGUAAUUGAUCGCUUCACAUGCUCCGACUCGAUCACAACAGGCAAACAAAGCACAGAGCAGAAUGCUGUCGAGAAGACGUAUACGAGUGGUCAAGUGACGCCCGGGUCAGGUUUGACUUGGCAUUCCUGGUCGUCCUUUUCGAACUUUGGGAGCCAAAAUAUAGCACCCAAAACCGGAUUUACUUUUGAGGCGCCAGCUCCCCCAAGUUUCCAGACUGAGCAAACUGAUCCAACUCCUAAGACGCCAGCUCCCCCAAGUUUCCAGACUGAGCAAACUGAUCAAACUCCUGAGGCGCCAGCAUAUCCAACUUCUCAGACUGAGCAAACGGAUCUAACCCCGCAAACGUCGUCCGACAAUGGACUUACCAGUGCCCAAUCAUCAGAAAUGCUGGGCUCUUUAAAUUCAUAUCGCGCUCAAAACGGACUUGCCGCAUUGACUAUCGACUCUCAACUUACGGCAGCUGCCUUAGUUCACUCAAAAGAUCAGGCCUCGCAAUGUGCAAUGUCGCACGAUGGUUCGGACGGAUCCAAGCCUUGGGAUCGAAUUAAAGCUGCGGGCUAUGACUGGUCUGUUGUUGCGGAGAAUGUAGCAGCUGGUCAGGCCAGUGUUCAAGAAGUCAUGACGGCAUGGUGGAAUUCUCCGGGUCACCGAGAAAACAUUUUGAAGAAUGACGUUACAAACGUCGGAUUCGCAUUUGUAUCCACCACUUCCUGUAGCGAAUUCAAGACGUACUGGACGCAAGAAUUCGGCGCUAGGUAG